GGCGGCGGCGGCGACAGCGGCAGGACCGCCGUGGCGCCGGGAGCAGCGACCCGGAGGGAGCGCGACGCGCGGAGCGACGCGGGCGGCGGGGACCCGGUGACAGCGUGAGAGGUACUAGCUUUUGACAAGUUUGCACCAUGCGUGAGUAUAAGCUAGUCGUUCUUGGCUCAGGAGGCGUUGGAAAAUCUGCUCUGACUGUACAGUUUGUUCAAGGAAUUUUUGUUGAAAAAUACGAUCCUACGAUAGAAGAUUCUUAUAGAAAGCAAGUUGAAGUAGAUGCACAACAGUGUAUGCUUGAAAUCUUGGAUACUGCAGGAACGGAACAAUUUACUGCAAUGAGAGAUUUAUACAUGAAAAAUGGACAAGGCUUUGCAUUAGUUUAUUCCAUCACAGCACAGUCCACAUUUAAUGAUUUACAAGAUCUGAGAGAGCAGAUUCUUCGAGUUAAAGACACUGAUGAUGUUCCGAUGAUCCUGGUUGGUAAUAAGUGUGACUUGGAAGAUGAAAGAGUUGUAGGAAAGGAACAAGGUCAGAACCUAGCAAGACAGUGGAACAACUGUGCAUUCUUAGAAUCUUCUGCAAAAUCAAAAAUAAAUGUUAAUGAGAUCUUUUAUGACCUAGUGCGGCAAAUUAACAGAAAAACUCCAGUGCCUGGGAAGGCCCGCAAAAAGUCAACAUGUCAGCUGCUUUAAUAUAUUAGAUGAAUUGUAGCUCUGAGCCAGGUCUGAAGAACUGUUGCCCAAUUCAACAGUGCCAGCAUUCCAACUUUGUUAAACCUACCAACAUCUUAAAUGGACUUUCUGUGGUGGUACCCUUUAAGAGGCGGAUGAAAGCUACUACAUCAGUUUGCACAUUCUGAUCACUUUCCAGUAUCACAAGAGAGAUUUUUACUUAUAUAAUAGUCCUAGAGUAUGCAGCUGGUAAAACCAGAGGCUACAAUCCAGUAUUACUGCUAAGAGACAUUUUUCAUCCACCAAUGUUGUACAUGUAUGAAAAUGGUGUACUGUAUACUUUAACAUGCCCCAUACUUUGUAUUGGAGAGUACAAUAAUGUAAAUCCUAAAAGCACCACUAUUUUAGCAUAAUAAAAGAAAGUCCAAAGAGCUCCUAUAUAGACUACUCCAGAUAACUUCGCUUCUUUGAUACUUGUAGCUUAUUGUAAUUUUUUUUAAGAAAUUCAAGGUCAUUAUCAUUGUAUUGUACAAAUAAGCGCUUUGAUUAACACAGCUAUAUAGUUUUUUUAAUUUUUAAAAAAACCUGUGGAGACAGUGAUCUUGUCUUUAAAAUAUGAUAGUCCUUUCAGUAUAAUGUCUUAGAUUAAAGACAUUGCCUUUAAUAUCUGUUGGGAAGGAAAUGUCCAGACUUUUCAAAUCUUUUAUUAUAUGUUUCCUUUUUUGUUUACAUAGGGAACAAUGUUUAUAGUUGUGUGUACAGUGGGGGUCUACAACAAGAAGUGUAUAUUUUCAAACAAUUUUUUAAUGAUUUAACAAUUUUUGUAAAUCAUUUUCAGGCUUCUGCAGCUGUAGAUUCUCACUGUGAAUCCCUUGCUUGCUCAUGCAUAAGUGUAUUUGCAAUACCAAAUAUACAGGUUUAGUAUUUUUGCCUGUUAGUGAUUGUUUCACAUGUGUAACGUUUUGGUUGAGAUGUUAAAUGGUGGACGAGUACUGUGGAUGUGAAUGUGGGAAGUAAUUUUAAUCAUGUGUAAUUGGUCACAAGGCCUAAGUUGCAGUAACUAUUGCUGUUUUAUUUAACAAUGCCUUGUUGCUUUGUAUGCAUUAACCGUUUGGGUGUAAAGAUUGUGUGUCUAUCCAACAGGGAGCCACAGUAUUUAAAUUGACCAACCUAAUGUUACAACUACUUUGAGGUGGCCAAAUGUAAACUAAAAGCCUUAAUUAAAGUGGUGCAAUUUUGUAUAACUUAGCAUCAGUAGUUCAAUAAAUUUGGAUUGCCAUGCAAGGGCUUGCAUUAUAA